AUGGGCAAAGUUGUCAAGAGGGAGGCCCGAAAGAAGACUUUGAGGACAUUGAGGGGGGCAUUGAAGGGAUUGCUCAAUCAAGAACAGUAUUCGGGACAUCCAACUACUAAAUCAACAUGUAAAAAUGAAUCACAGUGCACAGAAGAUCCCAGCAAGGACGAAGUGCAUGAGCGAGAGGUGGAGGCCCAACGCAACGGAAUAAUCUACGUAUUGUCGAAGGAGCGCCAACUCAUCCCUAAAUUAAGUGAUGAUGAAGUAAUGGAACGGCAUCGUAUGGCUGAUGAGAAUAUGAAGCGGGUAUGGUCAAAAAUCAUCGAAAAAUAUGAGUCUAAUAUUGAUCAAGGUGACGUUGUCGAUCUUACGACCGGAGAAAUCAUCGAAGACAAUGGCCACAUACGGAAUCUGUCCACGCAUGGAUCAGAUAAUGCCAAGUAUGUCAGCGUGCUCAGUGAUCUCUUAGACGUCGACAAUACUGAAGAUAACGUUUGGAAUUAUGAACAGGACGACCAAGCUAGUUUAGAUGACCAAGAAGUUGUUGAGAGUGAUGAUAGCGAUGGAAGCGAUGCGCGAAGCAGCGGAAACCAACGAGAACUUUACGAAAAACUAAAGGUCCUACAGAAAGAUGCGCCGACUUCCGAUCGCUAG